AUGGCGCUCCUCUCCUCCCACCUCCUCCUUCGCACAUACAGCCUGACACUGCUCACCAUCUCCUUCUACCUACUCUUCUCGCCGUCCAAACUCCUCUCAGCAACCCCCGUAUGGCUUCUCGGCGAGAGCAUGGGCAUCCGACCCGCGGGAUACGCAUACGAUGACGCUUUUCCGCCGCACCUGGCGGGCAGCGCAGCAGCCUCAUUGCCUGCGGUGACGACCAAUGGGGAGACGCAAAGCGAGCUUGAACUUUUGGCUCUCCUGGCACUGGUGGUGGCUGUCUACGCUGUGUUUCAGUUCGUCUUCGCCGGGGAUCUGGCGUUGCUUCCGGCGCCGACGACGACAAGAUCUCCGCCGUCUUCCGCCCUCGACAUCUCCAAGCAGCAACAGCAACAGCAACAGCAACCAUCAUCUCGCUAUGCAGAAGAGCUACACACGCUGCUCACCGCGCAAUCGCGCUGGCUAACACUAUCGGGUCUACGGAUGCUAGGGUCUGCUGCAGUGGUGGCAUGGAUCUAUAUGUUUCAUUCACACCGCUCCAGUCUGACCUCGAGCUCGUCGGAUACCACCACGGGGAUCUCGCUCCUGGCGAAUCGAGUCACGUUCACGGUCGCUUUGUCUGAUAUGCUGUUCUGGGGCUACUUGUGGACCGUGCUGAAAGAUGAAGGGAAACAAGUCGCUGCGAAUAUUGCCAUGAGGAGGGAAGCUGAGGAU